AUGUUUUUCAUUGACUUGGAACAAGACAAUACUCAAUUGCAAGUAAUGGCUACUAAUAAACUUAUGGGAAUGGAUGUGACUGAGUUUAACAAACUACAUGGAUGGUUCAAGCCUGGAGAUUACAUAAGUUGUGAGGGUCAUGCUUCAAGAACGAAAACUGGAGAGCUUACUUUGAAAGCAAGUAGGUCGAUUGAGCUAUUAACUCCUUGUUUGUCCAAAAUGCCAAACAAGUUGAUAGAUAAGGGAAUCAUAAAUAAUAACAGAGUUCUCAACUACUUGGUCAACCCUAGAUCCAAACAGCCCAUCAUUAUUAAAUCCAAGGUCAUUCAGUGUAUACGGCAGUUUCUACUCAAUCGCGAUUUUCUCGAAGUUCAAACUCCUAUAUUAAGUAAUGAGGGAACUGGUGCAAAUGCUAAUCCAUUUAGGACAAAAUUCAAAGACAAUGAUAUACAAUUGCGGGUGGCGCCAGAGUUGUGGUUGAAAAAACUUGUGAUUGGUGGGUUUGAUAAAGUAUUUGAAAUUGGCAACAAUUUUCGUAACGAAGGUAUUGAUCAAACUCAUAAUCCUGAAUUUACAUCUUGUGAAUUUUAUCAAGCAUAUACGAGUUUAGACGAAUUGAUGCAAAUGACGGAAGAGCUACUCGUGGAAAUUUUCAAAAUUUUUAAAAUACCCGUGGUGUUGGAGCUGUUCCCCAAGUACGAUUUCUUGCCUACGUUAAAAGCAGUCACUGGUUUGUCACUUGAUGAUUUAUCGUUUGAUGGUAUUUUACAAUACUACAAGCGCCUUGGUUUACAAGUACCGCCCAAUCCUAACCCAACUAAUUUACUCAACAACUUAAGUGAGAUAUACUUGGAGUCAUUAAGUAUUUCCAAACACCCAAACACACCGGUAUUCAUUUACAACCAACCAGAGAUUUUAUCACCCUUGGCAAAGUCGAGGACAAUCAACAACAUCCCCGUGUCAUCUCGAUUUGAACUUUUUAUUAAUGGCAAAGAAUACGUAAAUGCUUACGAAGAAGAAAAUAAUCCACAGCAGCAAUAUACCAAGUUUCAACAACAGCAAGUAAAUAAGGUGGAGUUUAAUGAUGAUGAAAUGUUGAUUCCUGAUUGGGCAUUUGUACAAACGAUGAAAUUGGGGUUACCACCUACUGGUGGAUGGGGAAUUGGAAUUGAUCGAUUGGCAAUGUUUAUAAGUGGUGUUGAAAGAAUUGACCAAGUCUUGCCAUUUGGUAACUUACGAGAUGUUUUGAAGCAGUAA